CACUUUCUUUUGACCAUUUUUCUUUUUGGCCGAUGAUUUUUUUUUAGGGUUUGAAAGAGUGGAUUUGCGAUUCCUGAAGAGAAGAAUUAGUGGAGAGAAGAGUUGUGAUUCCAGAAGAAAAGAUCAACCAAUUUCGACUUCCUUUAUUCCUGAUAAUGCGGAUUAGCUACAGCGAGACAUUAUCUGAAGGACCAGAAUGGACUUGUGGUGGGCAUAUGCGGAUGCAAAUUUUGGCAUUCCUGAGAAAUGUUUCUGUGGUCGGCAGAUGAAGCUUGAAUCGUCGACAGGUGAAGAGAUAGAGACUCCUGACCGCAAGUACUAUACCCGUCCUGACUGGUUUAAAGAGGCGAGUGGAGAGCAUAUAUGGAAAUGGUGGGAUGAGGGUGUGAUAGAACAAUUCUCAAUCGUGCAGAGAAAGCUUGAAGAGCAAAGGGAGAAGCUGCUUAGGCUUGACAGACUUCAAGCAUUUGAUCCCACCAUUGGAGAAAUAAAGGAAGAGGUAAGACUGCUUCAAGGAGAAGUUUCAAGGCUGAAGGAGCAAAAUGCUAACCAAGGACGGAUAACACUUGGGAUGAUUUGAGGUUAAAUGUCUUCAAACCCUGAUGCUCCAUUGGAAACUGAGAAGCUUGCUGAGGAAACAUAAGCUGUUCCUCAGUUCUAGAGCUCGUCUAGACUAGUUUCAAACUUCCGGAAGCGUCCACGGAAAAAUCCAAGGGCUCAAAAAGAACGAGACCCAAUUGGAACAAGAACAGCCUCAUAAGGAAAGUGAAAACGGUUUCAAGAUUCUUUUCAACAUUGAACAAGAAAAUGGUUUGGUUAGUAAAAACUUAAUAAUGAGUGUUUUAAAAUGUUUUGCUUUGUUGUUUAAAAAUUUGUUUUGUUUUCUCUUUUUUUGUUAGGUAAAAUGGAGAAACAACGAACGAUGCUCAUACAAGAUCCCGCCGAUUACUUAAAAGCAAUGAAGCAAGUCCUCAGCUGGUUGGUCUGCAAGCUAGAGAGGUGAGUCACUGCAAGCAGCAGUGGGGGAGGUUAAUUGACAAGUUUUUUGGAUGCUAUGAGGCUGCAAUGAAGGAGCAAUCAAGCGGCCAGAAUGAGAAUGAUUUAAUGAAAGCAGCUCAUGAAAUCUUCUUCAAUGAUCACCUGGUUAAGCUCACACUUGAGCAUGCAUGGAGGGUGCCUUGCCAUGACCAGAAAUGGUGUUCAACGGCUUUGUUAAAGAUGGUGGAAAGGUUAAACGAAGAAAGGUUGAGGAGGGUUCAGCACAGUCUUGAGGCUCCCAACAAGAAAACCAUGGAGAGGAUGUUUCAUAUGCUCGUCCGCCUGGUAUUAAGGAAUCAAAGGCUGCUAAAGCUAGAAGGAAUGGAAUGCAUACAAAUACUGGUAAGAAGAAGGCAAGGCUCUGUUGGAGUUAAAGAGCAUGUGGGAAAUAAAAAAAGGACUUGGAAAUGAAAGAGAAGCUUUCUAAGAAUAAAUUGCUUGAGAGUGUCCUUGCAAAAACAGAACCACUUUCUGAUAUAGAAAUGGCUCUAAAGAACAAGCUAAUUAGUGACAUGUUGUCAUAAUUAGUCAUCUCUUUCUAGUGUUUUAUGUGUAAUAACUAUUAUUUGUUUUGUAUGAACUUUGAUGUAAGCUGUUUCUUGGUUAACUGAAUGAUGGAUUUAUGCUAUGAUAGUUUGGUUUAUA